UUAUUAGUUUAACAAAUAUAAUAUUUGAGAGAGGAAAAAUAAGAGAGAAAGAAUGCUGGUGGCCUUAUCCAGGAGCUGUUGAAGAUCUUACGGUUCCAAUUCCAAAUUCCAAAUGUUGUUGCUGCGGCAAAUUCUCUCACCAUUAUCUCCGCCUGAGCUUCUUCAUCAUCUAAGGUCGUCACGCUCCGGUCAGAGAAGAAAACCCAUAACUACAGUUUAUUCAUCCCGGGAUGCGGCGGAGAAAGAAUCGGAGGAGGAAUACCAGGUCGACCCGGAUAAAGCCCGUGAAGCUCUUCGAAAGCUCGACGAACAGCUUCAAUCACUCUCCUCCACCAAACAGACUCCCCAUCCUCCUAAGAUAAAGGCAGCAGCAGCAGCUCCCUAUCAAGAGGACAUCGACCGUGACAAAUUCAAGAUGAGAAUCCAACCGCCUCUGUUGAAUGAGUCCUUCCUUUCAUACACCACAUUCGUCCUUCUCGCCUUUACUAUCUUCUACAAUUUCUUGUUUGCCACUGUCAUAAAGCCAUCCAUUGAUAUCCCAGAUCAACCACAGCUAGAAGAAGAAGAAGAAGUAAACAAAUAUGAAAAUCCGGCACCCACCCGUCUCGACAUAAUAGACUUAGUCAUGCCAAGUUCUUAAUUUUAUUUUGCUUCCCCCUACAAAAAAAAUAUAUAUAUAUAUAUAUAUAUAUAUAUAUAUAUCUCAACUUAAACUAUAUACUCUGUUUCCUAUAAAUCUAUCUUUCUUCUUCCAUUGUCCAA